UAUACCCUUGAACAGACAGCAAGAGCAACGAUCUGAUGUCGGAUGAUUUCAAGAAACCGAGAGACGUUCUUUGUGUUUUCAGGCAGAUGAAAACGUUUUAUUUGCAGCUUUGAAUCAUAAAAAUGGACAGAUGACAGAGAGAAACUUCCACACUCAGAGUGAUCCAGGAGAAAAUUCAAAAGAUGGACUUCAGUCGAGAGUCUGUUGAUCUUGCAGACAUGACUCAAACAUAUAAAUUAGACUCUGACGACUCAUCAUCCCACAGCAUGGUUCCCAAUAUGAACACUGUGCUAUUUGGAAACCCUAUGGCAGUGCAGUUUGGAUACGAAAACAUUCUACUUGGAGAAGAAAAACGAUUCCUAGAAAAUAACGAAGCAUCCAUGACUAUUCCUAUAGAGCUGAAGAUACCAGAUCGUCCGUUCUCAGUGAUCAACAUGAUUGGCAUACAUGAGACUGAACUCUACCAGGACACCGUGAAUCCUCUCAUUGGUCAACUAGUGAAUGUAUCUGAAAUGCACGUCUUCAUCUUUGUGGUGCGACUGGGCCAGUUAACAGAUACUGAUAAGAUGGGUAUUGAAUGGCUUCAGAGUGUAUUUGGAGAAAGAGUUUUUAAGUUUAUGAUGAUUCUCUUCACCUAUGAGAAAGAGGAAGAGUGUGACUCUAUAAUAGAUGAUCUGAAGAAUAACUCUUAUCUGGAGCAGCUGCUGGAGAAAUGUGGAGGAAGAUAUCACACCUGCAGCAAGAUCAUGAACAACCAAUCAGAGAUGAGUGAACUGAUGAAGAAGAUUGACCGGUUGUUUAUCAAGAAUAAACUAGAUCGCAACACAAGUGAGAUGUACAACACAGAGAUAAGAGAGAAAGAAGACUCCGAGAGUGCAUAUCAAAGCGGUGGAGCAACAAUCAGUGAAGAAACAAUGGCACACUCGACUACAACAGAGAAAACAGUAAUACAUGAGAGAGAGAACAGCAAUUUGGGAACAGCAGAAGAGGGAAAAGACCAUAUCAAUAAAGAAAAAAUAAAAGACAUCAUGAGUAGACUUGAUCAUUUUGGCAAGUACCAGACCCCACUGAAAACCUUGGACUUUCUUCAGGUAACUGCACAUUCAUUGGAGUGCCACAAGCCUUGUGUGGAUAUAAACAUAAUUCAAACAUUUUUCCAAAAAUUACUGAUGAUGGACUACAGAGCAAGAAAUAUUUCUGUUAAGGAAAUCAGUACAGAACAAAAACAGGACGUGGAAUUUAAAGUGGAACCCUUUGAUGAUAUUUUUAACAAAUUAUCUUUCUCUAAAAAAGGAACAAGCAAAUCUGACCCCAUUCACCCGAUGGAUGUUCAGAUGGCCGUGUUUCAUUGUGCUGAUAGUUUCCUGAAGCAGCUGAUGGUGACUAAACUGUCACAGUGUCAGUAUGCUCUGCCUCUGCUUGUACCUGAUCCAUUCACACAACACAUUGAGUUUCCUCUCUGGACAUUCAGACAAAUCAACAAGAGCUGGAAGACAUUUGAUGAUGCAGGUGAAAUCAUCAGUAAAGUCCAGUCAGUCUGUAAGGCAGAAACUCCAAUGGUGUGUUUCUUCAGGUUUGGCUCAGUGUCCUCAUCCAAGUCUCAGCUGAUGAACAGUCUGAUCAAUGAGAAACACAACACGUUCUUCCACAGGAACUGCCCAGGCAGCAGCAGAACCAGAGUACUGAUGGAUGGAGUGGUGGAGAUCGCCUGGUACUGCCCAUCUGGAAAAGAUACGGAUACAUUUACUGACUGUGUUGCGUUCUGUAAUAUUCAUGGUGAUGCAGGAGACAAUGAGAAACAGCUGCAGAUCCUGAUGGAAAUGUCCUCAGUCAAUGUUGCUGUUUUAGAAUGUCUUGAUAAACAAGAUAGAAGCUUUGCAAAGUUGUCAAAUCUUUACAAAGACAAAAAGCCACUCAUUUGCCUUUUUGCUGAGGAUGAUUCAACUGUCAUUGAGAUGGAGAAAGGGAAAUUCAAAAUUGGUUUGAAACACACAAAUCAGGCAGAUGUGUCUGAAGAACUCAGAAGAGCUAUAAAUGCUUGUCUCUCAGUCUCUUCAAAAUCAUCUUUCAUUUUCAGACUUGAAGAUGUGUCCAAACACUCAGAUAUCAGAGUAGAUGAAGAUGAUGAUGACUGCAGGAGAGGAAAAGAAGCAGCACAGCAGAUGAUGAGAUUACUGGAGAAUAAAGAUCUGACAAAAAUCAAAGAAUCAUUUCUGCCCUGUCAGGGAAAACUGUGGCAUCAGUGGUGUCAGACGAACAAAGAACUACAUCGACCUCGAGGGGGUGAAACAGAAAUGGACAUCAGUAGGAAAAAAAUGAAAAAAAUCAGAGAGCUGCAACAUGAAUCUGACAUUAGUGAGUUUAUUAAGUGCUUUAUUAAAGAAAUGAACUCAUGUGCUGCAAAUAAGAAAAUCUAUUUUCUUGAAUGGCUCAGAAUCCUCUUGGAUGAAUUUACCUCAACUGACAUUUCUGCUCUACAUCACAAGUAUAAUGAAAACGGGUCAGAGGUGAUAAAGGUAGAAAUAGAACAAUUAAAGUCUGAACAAACAGAACUUGAGAAAAUAUCGGAAAUUCAAGAUUCAGUGUUUGGUUUGGAGCACAUCCUGAGAGAGAUCGGUCAGAUCUAUGAAUCAUGUUCAUCUGUGAAGAAGAACAAGGAAGGUCUGCAGUUUCACUUCUUCCUCCCGAGUCUUGCAGCAGAGAUGAUGAUCUCUGGAUUUCCUCUGGAGCUGAUGGAUGGAGAUGCUGCUCAUGUUCCUCUGAUCUGGGUUAAAGCUGUUCUAGAUGAACUCAUCAAGAAACUGGGAGACCAGAGAGUGUUUGUACUGUCAGUUUUAGGGGUUCAGAGCUCUGGGAAAUCCACCAUGCUGAAUGCCAUGUUUGGACUGCAGUUUGCCGUCAGUGCUGGCAGGUGCACCAGAGGAGCUUUCAUGCAGCUGGUCAGAGUUUCAGAGGAGAUGAAAGAACAGCUGAAGUUUUACUAUAUUCUGGUGGUUGAUACUGAAGGACUUCGUGCUCUAGAACUGGCUGGAAGGUCAACGAGACUUCAUGACAAUGAAAUGGCCACUUUUGUUGUGGGUCUUGCAAAUCUGACAUUAAUCAACAUCUUUGGAGAAAACUCCACUGAGAUGCAGGACACUCUUCAGAUUGUUGUUCAGGCCUUCCUGAGGAUGAAGAAGGUCAGACUGAAUCCCAGCUGCAUGUUUGUGCAUCAGAAUGUUUCAGACGUCACAGCUGGAGUGAAAAACAUGGAGGGAAGGAGACGACUGCUGAAAUUACUGGAUGAAAUGACAAACCUUGCUGCAGAAGAUGGAGUCUGUGAUGCAGAAAGAUUCAGUGAUGUCAUUCAUUUUGAUGUACAGAAGGAUGUGAAGUAUUUUGCACACCUCUGGGAGGGAAACCCACCCAUGGCACCACCAAACCCAAACUACUGUGAAAAUGUUCAAGAUCUAAAGAAAACUAUUCUUUCUCAUGUCUCUAAAUCAGAUGGCAUGAUGUUGACGCACCUGAAAGAUCGUAUUCGAGAUCUCUGGGAGGCUUUACUGAAUGAACGAUUUGUGUUCAGCUUCAAAAAUUCUCUGGAGAUUUCAGCCUACAGAAAAUUGGAGACAGAAUACAGCAAGUGGACCUGGAGUCUCCGGAGUGCCAUGCUGGAAAUUGAGAGUAUAUUACACAACAAUAUCGAAAAUGACGUGCUUCACAAGGUUGAAGAAAUUGAUCUUCAAAAAGAACUAAAAGAAAAAGGUGAAGAAGUGAAAAACUCAAUGUCUGAGUUCUUUGAGAAAGACACUGAUGCUGAUGUAGUAAUUCAGUGGAAAGCUUCCUUUGAAAUCAAAAUUAAAGAGCUUCAAGAAAACAUUGUGAGAGAAACAAAGAGGAAAUUAAAUGAGAUUCUUCAACAGCGAGACCUGAAGAAAGAGAUUGAUGCUCAGAAGACACAUCAUGAAAACACUCUCUUUGAAAAGAGCAAAACACUCGCCUUAACACUCAAAGACAAAGCAAAUGAUGAAGAAACACUGAAGAAAGAGUUUGAUUGCUUUUGGGAAGAGUGUGUGAAGAAGAUCAUCAGAGACACUCCUACAAUCAAAGACAUUGACAUAUUAAGAGAUGUGAAACAACUCCUCAGUGAAAUCUAUGAAAGUGUUCCUGUAGAUCACUGGACGGAGAACAGGAAUAUUUUCUCUUUGCCGAGUUAUUCAGAUUAUGUACGGUUAAAGAAAUCCAGAGGAAUUACAGGACCUGUUAGAAAUGCCAAUAAAGCAUCUACAGGGAAGAUUGAUAAUGAUCUGUUUAAAGAGAAUGAAUCACAAAUAAGAACCUUAGUAAAUGACAUUGCUCAGCAGAUAAACAAAAUGAUCCUGUCAUUUAACAUUGCAAAGAUGGGCUACAACAUCAACUAUAUCCAACAACUUAUUGAGCACAUUAAGACAAGAGUAACAGAACAUCAGGAAGGACCAGUGAAAUAUGUGUUCAAGAAUGAAUUCUUUAUGGAUUUGGUGUUUUCCAUCUGUAAACGAGAAAACGAGAGAUUCACUGACCAACACGGACUGUUCAGAGAAGCCAAUGAUCCUGUUUUCUACCUUGAAAAGAAGAGAGGAGAGUACUACAGUAUCUUCCAGAAAUAUUAUAAGGGUGCAACAUCAGCGGUCAUUUUUGGUCAGUUUGUCUCUCAGAAACUGAAAGAUCCCAUUGAACAGAGUGUCUACAAAAACACUGCCAGAGAUUUAGCAGAUGAAAUGAGAACAAACUGUCAAUCACUGAACGGAAACAGAUCUAAACUGGAGAAACACAUCCUGAAGACACUGGCAGAAGAGGAGGAUUUUAACAAAUACAUGAACUACAUUAAACAUCCCAGAGAUCACUUCAAGAGUUUCAUCAGAGAUGAAGUCAGUCAGUACAUCACUGAUAAGUUCAGUGUCAGUGUUCGGCCCAAGAUGAUGAAGAACAUCAAACUCCUGCAGCAGAAGAUCAUGAACGCAGCUCAUGAAUCUACUGAACAUGUUCAAGUGAACAGUGGAAAUGUUGAAGCAGCUCAUGAAUCUACUGAACAUGUUCAAGUGAACAGUGGAGAUGAUGAAGCAGCUCAUGAAUCUACUGAACAUGUUCAAGUGAACAGUGGAGAUGUUGAAGCGGCUCAUGAAUCUACUGAACAUGUUCAAGUGAACAGUGGAAAUGUUGAAGCAGCUCAUGAAUCUACUGAACAUGUUCAAGUGAACAGUGGAAAUGUUGAAGCAGCUCAUGAAUCUACUGAACAUGUUCAAGUGAACAGUGGAAAUGUUGAAGCAGCUCAUGAAUCUACUGAACAUGUUCAAGUGAACAGUGGAGAUGUUGAAGCAGCUCAUGAAUCUACUGAACAUGUUCAAGUGAACAGUGGAGAUGUUGAUUUGUGGUUGAAGUGUUUCACACAGAAGCUCUCAGAUGUGCUGAUAUUCUCUGUUAAAGACUUCAGUGGAGUGAGUCAUGAUGGUGUUGAUGAUUUCAAACUUCUAGAAGAUGUGAUGAGAAAGGAACUUCCUCCAGUAAUAUCAGACAUAAGCAGUGAAUUCAGUACAGAGACUUUUCCAGUAAAUCUGGACCACAAGUACAGGUCAGAUGAGAUCCUUAAUCAUCAUUUCUGUCAGUGCUGUUGGGUUCAGUGUCCUUUCUGUGCAGCCAUCUGCACCAACACAAUAGAAGACCAUGAAGGAGAUCACAAUGUUCCUUUCCAUCGUUAUGUUGGACUAAAUGGGAUGAUUUACCAGCGUACAACACACUUGUGUAUAAGCAUUUGCACAUCAGCAGUAGCAAGUGAUCGAUCUUUUUGUUCAAAUGUCUCAGAUACAGUCCUCUGGAGAGAAUACAGAAAAGCAGGAGGAGAUUAUGCAAAAUGGAGCAUCACCGCUGACUUCUCUGAACUGCCGUACUGGAAGUGGGUUGUGUGCAGAUUCCAGAAAGAUCUGGAAAAAUACUAUAUGAAAGCAUUUGAGGGGAAUGGUGAGAUUCCACAAGAAUGGAGAGAAUAUUCAAAAAAAGAGGCCAUUGAGAGUUUGGACAAAUACAUCUAAUUAGACUCUUAUAAGUGUCUGAUUCAAAGAAAUUACAGUACUGUGCAAAUUUAACCUUUAGCAAAUAGAAAAGAAGCAAAUAGAACAGAUGUCAUGGUCCCUGCAGAGCCCCCCACUGAACAUCGAGUCAGUCUGAGAUUGCUUGAAGAGACAGAAGCAAUUGAGACAUAAAACUGUUUAUGGCUGUCACUGUUCUGGUAAGCCAGCAGGUUUGUUUUGUUAUUUUCUCUCCUUCAUGUUUCGCAAGUGCCCUCAACUGGCAUAAUCAGGGUUUCCAUGGGAACAUUCAUUGUUCUCAGGGUGGCACCGAUCAUGGUGGCACUGAUUGCACUCCCUACAUUAGCGCUCAUGUUUCUCUGAUUCUAUGCAGGAUUAUUAAUCUAUGUUGAGUACUAUCCUCACUCUCCUAGUAUAGCUGGUCCUGUUUUGUCAUUCUGUUGUUCGGGUUGCGGUUUGCCUUCCAGUCUUCGCUGAGUUCAGCCUGACAAUCCACAAAAGAAUUCCGGUCUAUGACCGCGUGCCGGGGAUCAACAGAUCAGCGGUUGCUAUUAUUGUCCGCUGGACACCUACUCCUCGCCAAGCUUCUACGGAGGAUUUUGCCAAGCUCCUCCUGACAUCCACGACGCACACACUCCACUGACGAACACACUACUCUCUGCGUGAAGGUGCAUUAAUGACUUUGUGAAUAAAUAUUUAGAAACUGUUACGUCUGCUCUUCGGUCUUUUUGUCCUGCACUUAACGUUACAAUGGCAUUACUUCUAAAGACAUCCUCACUGUGUAACAUAAAACUUUUGCACAGUACUGUAGAUGAUUUAUCUAAUAGUUACAUAAAAUGAGUUUCUAUUCCACAUUUUAUUAAGCUCUAUCAAUAUCUCUUGCUUCAAUGACAAUGUGAUUUAGUCAUUACCAGUGCACGCUAUUUGAAGUGAUUUUAUCAUUUAGAGGGCUUACGUAUAGCUAGUUAGUUUUCUCACUAAAAAGCUGAUUUUAGCUAUAUAUUUUUUGAGUGUUAUCAGUUGCUCUAUUUGCUACGAGUGACCAAUUGGUUUCAGGGCCAUAACCACAAUAGACAAUGUGAUUAGGGGAAUACUAUUGUAGAUAAUAUUGUCGCUGUCCUGUGUAGUCCAUUACGCACUACAGUCUAAUUGUCAUUAAAUUGUUGCAAGGAUUACACAAUGGUUUAAUUUAAGUGUGCUCCACAUUAGCCCAAGUCAGCAGUUCAGUUUAAGAGUGUCAUUCUAAGAGUUAAAUAGCUACACUCUUUGACAUUAAACUAUUUGCCCAUUAUUUUACGAUAGAAAUGACUGACUGACAGUAAUUUCCAAGGAUGCAAUUUGUUUUAUCUUUUGUGAAAUUCACACAUAUUCUGUAUUUUAUUUUAUGUCACAUUGUGAAUGUUAAAAGAUAACAUUAACAAGCAGUUUUCAGCCUAUCAGGCAUAAUACAAUGAGUAAAUGUGUGCAUAUUAUGAAUUCAUUAUAUUGAUGUGGUUAUGAAAUUGGCUUUCAGAUUUAUGAAUCAUUUUCUUAGACAGUUCUUCUUUUCUCAAAGAAGGAGUGUUUCACUCUCAGACUUCAUUGUGUUUUUAGGUUGUGGGAAUGACUGUGUCCUAUUUUUUUUAAUGAAAAUUAAACAUAUUAAUGUAAAUGCAAUACAAACCUUUAAUUUCACGGGGUGGCCAAUGGUGAGAAGACAACAGUCAGUCAGGUGAGGAUGAGUACGGAAACAGAAGAUGUCUCUCAUUAUCAGUCGUUGGAUGGGAUUUUGUUUCCUUAUAUGCAAACAUGAAAGCACUUUUAUGGGAAUUAUACAAUUAUUAAUAUUUCAUUAUUUCUAUAUCAACUUGCUUUUGCUUGUGUUUACAUUAUGCCUGAUUUCACAA